UCCGUGUGCGGAUGGCUUUAGGGCCGUGAUGGCGGUGGUGGCGAUGGAAGUGUGGGAAAGUCAAACCAGUCCGAAGGCCAAACCCGUCUCGAGAUCGAACCUGUCAACUUGUCAAGCCGCGUCGUCGUCGCCCAUCACCUCACAAGUUCACAACCCACUUUCUAUCACUUUCCCUCAAACACAUUUCUGUCCCGAAAAACACAACCGCCACCAUGCUGAUCAAGGUCAAGACACUCACCGGCAAGGAGAUUGAGAUUGAUAUCGAGCCAAAUGACAAGAUCACCCGAAUCAAGGAGCGCGUAGAAGAGAAGGAAGGCAUCCCGCCGGCGCAACAGCGUUUGAUUUUCGGAGGAAAGCAGAUGGCCGACGAUAAAUCCGCCUCAGACUACACAAUAGAAGCAGGAUCUGUGCUACACUUGGUGCUAGCCCUACGUGGGGGGGCCUGCUGAAAAGCGGAAAACAUUAUACAUUCGUCGUGACUGGGGAGAUAUGUGCAGGCUGGGGUCGCGCGCGACGCAAGUCGCAGAGCAAAGGCGGGAGGGGCUGGGUUUCGAAACGGGAGCCCCAAUCCAAUGUGUUUCUAUUUACAUAGAGGCGUCAACUCCGACACCAUUUGUGUGUUGUUGAGCUUUGCGAAAACGUCUCGUAACCGUGAAUAGAAUCGGGGGCUGU